AUGCUCGGCCGCGAAGAAAACACAAUCUGCUACAAUCUUCGGUAUUUUGCCGGCAACAACAGCCUUGAUAAAAAUUGCAGCGAGGCACUUCGUAAUCUCGUUCUUGACCACGCACCAUAUCCAGAUACUUUCCAAAAGCACCAUCUGAACCGCGAAAUCUGUGUCGACCUCUAUGCCAUCCAUCAGAAUCAGCAGCCACGACAGCAAUUGAUUGACAAGGCCACCAGCAUAGGGCAUUCGCAGAGCCUUGGCCGACCGCUGAACUUGCCGCCAGAUGAAUACCUGACCAUCGCCAACGACCCAAUUAUAAGACGACUCGAGCUAAAGCUGAAAAAGCUUCCUCGAAGAUCAGAAGAAUUUGCGGCCUGCCGGAAACAGAUCAAUGCAACGAGAAGAAGGAUGGUUAGUGCUAGGCGCCAGGUCUUCAGAAAAGCCUGGACAGUCCAGCAGUCUGGUCAGUGCGAGAUAUUGACCAACCAGUAA